AUGGCCAGUGAACUGGCGCAGCGAUGCCUGCAUUCUGGCUCCACAAAAUCUGAGCCCGACAUGCCCAACUUGGCGAGACUGAACCAUGCAAGCAGUGCUCAGGCAUCGAUCGGGCGGCGGUCGCAGGCCAGACAGGGCGGACCGGCUCUUUGGCCUCGUAUCGAUUGGCUGACUCAAAUUGAAGUUGACUUGACUGUGAGACAGGAGAAAAAACGUUUGGCCUGA